AUGUCGCCAGGAAUUCCUUGGCGAUACAUGAUGCCUGACAAAGGUGUUUUCAGGUCGAGUGUUGACACUUCCCAUGUUAGCCCACACAAUGUACAAAGCAAUCAUGUAAAUCAUAUUGUAGGCAAAACCGGAUGUCCGGAUGUGGAGCGAAGAGCCCCGCCCAUCCCAUCGUCAUCAACGGAUGGUCUGGACUCCCACAGGUAUAUAAGGGACGGCUGCCGCUUUUCCCGACAGACAGCUCCUCGACGGUGGGUCAACAUGAAUGCUCUGACUGUGAUUUCCGUGGCGGCCUUCGUGGCUAGCAGCAGCGCUUCCUUGCUUGCAUACAAUGGCGUAUAUGGAGGCCAUCACGGCCUUCUUGGCGCCUAUCCUUAUGCAGGUUAUUCUGGUCUGCACCCUUACUCAUACGCAGACAGUAGCUCCUGCACCUGUAUCUUACAACGUGGCUCCUGCACCUGUGUCCUACAACGUAGCUCCCUUCGCACUGUAGCACCUAUCCAGUCUCAGUACCACGCUCAGGAUGAACUCGGUCAGUACUCCUUCGGUUACGCCGGUGGUCCUUCUUCACGCGCUGAGACUCGCGACGCCUUCGGUGUUGUCCGUGGUUCAUACAACUACGUGGACUCUGAGGGAAAGGUUCAGACUCAGCACUACGUCGCCGACGCCCUUGGAUUCCGUGUGUCCGGCACCAACCUGCCAGUGGCUCCCGACGCCCCUGUAGCUGCUCCUCUAGCCGCCCUUCCCGGUCCCCUUCCCGAACCCGUCCAGGACACCCCAGAGGUAGCCGCCGCUAAGGCCGCCCACCAACAGGCUUACGACGAAGCCGCAGCCGCCGCCGCUGCCGCCCCAGAUACCCGCAAGAAGCGCUCCGCUUGCGGCUCCCGCCCACGGUGUCUACUCUCCCCUCCGUUUCUCAUACGGAUUCUCCACUCCCCUCCACUACGCCCACCCAACAGCCUAUGCUUCUCCUCUUCACUACACUGCCACCCACCGCCUUCACCACCUACAACGCCGCCCACGUCCCCACCACCUACGCCGCGGCCGCUGGACCCGCCCUUCGUGACGCCGAGCUCCUCCGUGUGGUCCACAACCCCGGUCACGCCACCUCCUACCGCGUGCUCAACUGAGUGCCACGAGCUCCUUCACUCACAGUCGCUUGUGUGGACCUGGUGUGUAGAGCACUCGCCUCGGUCUCACCUUUGACCAGCACACAUGUCGCCAGGAAUUCCUUGGCGAUACAUGAUGCCUGUCAAAGGUGUGUUCAGGUCGAGUGUUGACACUUCCCAUGUUAGCCCACACAAUGUACAAAGCAAUCAUGUAAAUCAUAGUAUUAUAUCUCUGAUAAUUAA